AUGGGGAACAUACUGGCCUGUUGUGUGUGUCCCAGGGCCAGCCCUGAGUUGGACCAGCACCAGGGGUCAGUGUGCCCCUGUGGGUCUGAGAUCUAUAAGACAGCAGCUGGAGACAUGAUAGCAGGAGUGCCUGCAGCUGCUGCUGUAGAGCCUGGUGAGGUGACUUUUGAAGCUGGUGAGGGCCUCCACGUGCACCACAUCUGUGAACGGGAGAUGCCAGAAGAUAUACCUUUGGAGUCCAACUGUUCUGACCAUCCAAAAGCAAGCACAAUAUUCCUGAGAAAAUCUCAAACAGAUGUACAAGAAAAAAGAAAAAGCAACUAUACAAAGCAUGUAUCUACUGAGAGUGUUACUCAACAAUACAGUUCAUGUUCGACAAUAUUCCUUGAUGACAGCACAGCCAGCCAACCUCAUCUUACAAUGACACUGAAAUCUGUGACUUUGGCGAUAUAUUAUCAUAUCAAGCAAAGAGAUGCAGAUAGAUCUUUGGGCAUAUUUGAUGAACGGUUACACCCACUUACACGAGAAGAGGUUUUGGGGGAAUAUUUUAAGUAUGAUCCUGAACACAAAUUUAUUUUCAGAUUUGUUCAUACUCUGUUUAAAGCCAUAAGGCUAACAGCUGAAUUUGCAAUCGUCAGUUUGAUUUACAUAGAAAGACUUGUAAGUUACGCUGAUAUUGACAUUUGUCCAACUAACUGGAAGAGGAUUGUCUUGGGAGCCAUUCUUCUUGCCUCCAAGGUUUGGAGUGAUAUGGCUGUGUGGAAUGAGGACUACUGCAAGCUCUUUGAGAACAUUACAGUUGAAGAAAUGAAUGAGUUGGAAAGGCAAUUCUUGAAGCUAAUUAAUUAUAAUAUUGGAGUUACUGGCAGUGUUUAUAGCAGAUUCUACUUUGAUCUUCGCACCUUGGCACAUGACAACGGCCUGUAUUCGCCAGUUUAUCUUCUUGACAGAGAAAGAGCAUGGAAGCUGGAGGCUUUUUCAAGGAUGGAACAAUACAAAGUUUUCUAUAGUGCUGCCAAGAAUGGGUCUUUGAGUGCUGAUGAUUUAAUUCAUCUUCAGCGUGCUAAGGCCAUCCUCUUCUGA